AUGGGCGAGUCAAAAGGGGCUGAGGAACGGGGAUCCUCUUUCCCUCCAGGGACGAUAGCGAAACUAACCUGUGAAAUCCUCAAUGACACAUUCUACAACAUCAUCCAUGACAUAGUCGCCAAAGUCCACCGUGAUGAGAAGGUUUCCCGCAUGCGUUCCGCGGUCGUUGCUGCCCGACAGAAGGCAGAUGAGGAGGCGACCAGGCGUCGCGAAGAAAGCGGGAAACCGACCACUGCGUUCAAGCCAGGCGAUCUCGAUUUCGAGGAACUCAAGGACAUUCGUGUGGAAACCGACGGGGCCAUCUUCGACGAGGGCAAGGUCUACUUGAAGGGCAACCCUCUACAAACCACCAAGGAUAUCAUUUGUCCUGAUUGCCGGCUGCCGCGCCUCUUGUACCCUGUGACAGGCGUCGGGGCUCGUGCCCCUCCCGACCCGUACCGCGAGUACUGCCAGAAGCAGCCGACGAUCAGCAAACCUGGUCACGACGUCAACGGGAACCCAUUCGUGACGGACAAGGUAAAACCUCAGAAGAAGAAGCAAGUCACCACCUCGAAUACCCCCGGGUCGAGCCCACCCACGACCCCCGACGGCUCCUUCAAGCAGGCUGCGCCGGAAAGGAUAUCGUUCCCAACGGUGAAGUGUCCGAACUGCCCAAGAUAUUUUGUCGUGACCCGCGUGGCGCAGCAUCUGGACCGCUGCUUGGGCAUCUCCGGCCGACCACUGGGUGGCCGCAACAAGACCCCCUUGGAGAACAUCAACACCGGCAACAGCACGCCCACCUCUGCUCCGCCCAAACGGCCCCUGAUUGACGACGAUGGCCCGCCGACUAUGAACAAGAAGAAGAAACUCGGUGCUCCGAAGAAGCUGGCGGGGAAGAAGCCCACCCCUCCCAGCAGCAAGCUCAAGAACGGAUUAACCCCGGACAUGGCCGCUGCAGAUGAUGCAUUUGGCGAACCCGAUAUCAAAAGCGAAGCCAACGGGGACAAUUCCUGA